GCCAAAAUUUUCCAAAAUCACAAGUGUCGUAAUCAGUCAUGGGUUCCAAGUUACUUCCCGAAGCAAUAAGUAGUUGAGGAGUAUUAGCUAGUAGUUGCCAUGUACCCAGCAGGAAACGUCAGCUCUGCUGACUUUGUCUUCCACCUUACUUUUCCUCUCUUCUUCACGUCAGCUUCUGAUUUUGACUCUUCACUUUUCUAUCCAAACUUCCUUUAACUUCAAUCUUCCACAAAUCUCCUUCCUUUAACUUCCUUGCUAUGUCUUCCCGUUAACUAAAUUAACAGAACCCGGAAACAAAAACACAAACAAAUACUAACCCAGUUCUCCUUUUUGCUUCUUCAGCUAUGUUGUUGAAGCAAUUCGCAGUGUUGGUUUUGAUUUUGAGUGUUGGUUUGAGCUCUGUGUGUGCGAGGUUUGUGGUUGAGAAGAGUAGUUUGAGCGUGUUGUCUCCUUUGAGCCUGCGUGGAAAAUACGACAGUGCACUUGGGAACUUUGGGGUUCCCGACUACGGAGGUUUUCUGGUGGGUUCUGUUGUGUAUCCUGAGAAAGGAGCUUCUGGUUGUGAAGCUUUUGAAGGUGAUAAGCCUUUCAAAUCUAAGUUUCCCACGCCAACUAUCCUGCUUCUUGAUCGAGGAGAGUGCUACUUUGCCUUGAAGGUAUGGAACGGUCAACAGGCCGGAGCAGCGGCAGUUUUAGUUGCGGAUAACAUAGACGAACCGCUGAUCACUAUGGAUUCUCCUGAGGAGAGCACUGAUAAAGAUGGGUAUGUAGAGAAGAUUGAAAUCCCGUCAGCGCUGAUAGAGCACUCCUUUGCCAAGAGCUUGAAGCAGGCCUUGAAGAAUGGAGGAGAAGAUGUUGUGAUAAAAAUGGACUGGAGAGAGUCAGUGCCCCAUCCUGACCAGAGAGUUGAGUAUGAAUUGUGGACAAACAGCAAUGAUGAGUGUGGAACUCGCUGUGAUGAGCAGAUGAACUUUAUCAAAAAUUUCAAGGGCCAUGCUCAAAUUCUGGAGAAGGGAGGCUAUACUUUGUUUACACCACACUACAUAACCUGGUAUUGCCCUAUGGCCUUUACUCACAGCAGUCAAUGCAAGUCUCAGUGCAUAAACCAUGGGAGAUAUUGUGCGCCUGAUCCAGAACAGGAUUUCAGUGAAGGGUAUGAUGGAAAGGAUGUGGUUUUUGAGAAUUUGAGGCAGCUUUGCGUGCAUAGAGUUGCCAAUGAGAGCAAUCAGUCCUGGGUUUGGUGGGAUUAUGUGACUGAUUUUCAUAUCAGAUGCUCCAUGAAGGAGAAAAAGUAUAGCAAAGAAUGCGCCGAGACUGUAAUUAAAUCACUUGGUCUGCCCAUUGACAAGAUUAAGAAAUGUAUUGGGGAUCCUGAAGCUGAUGUAGAAAAUGAAUUGCUGAAAACUGAACAAGAACUCCAGGUUGGCCGAGGAUCUCGUGGUGAUGUUACUAUCUUGCCAACACUAGUUAUCAAUAAUGUUCAAUAUCGAGGAAAAUUGGAGAGAACUGCUGUGCUGAGGGCUAUAUGCUCUGGAUUCCAGGAGACAAAAGAUCCUCCAAUUUGUCUAACUGCGGAUCUUGAGACUAAUGAGUGCCUCGAAAGGAAUGGUGGCUGCUGGCAGGACACGAAAGCGAACAUCACUGCUUGCAAGGACACAUUUAGAGGAAGAGUCUGUGAGUGCCCCACUGUGAAGGGCGUUCAGUUCAGAGGAGAUGGAUAUUUAUACUGUGAAGCCUAUGGACCUGGAAGAUGUGAAAUAAACAAUGGAGGUUGCUGGACCGAUGCCAAAAAUGGAUUAACCUUCUCAGCCUGCUCAGAGUCCCAGUUAACAGGAUGCCAGUGUCCAAAAGGCUUCCGUGGCAACGGUCUUACAUGUGAAGAUAUAAAUGAAUGCAAGGAACGUUCUGCCUGUCAAUGCAAUGGCUGCUCCUGUACAAACACCUGGGGAGGAUACGAGUGCAAGUGUAAAGGAGACCUUCUUUACAUUAAGGAACAUGAUACCUGUAUUGAAAGAAGUGGAUCAAAAUUUGGAUGGGCCAUUACUUUCGUGGUCCUAGCAGUUGUGGUGGGCGCUGGUUUAGCCAGUUAUGUAUUCUACAAAUACCGACUCCGGUCUUACAUGGACUCAGAGAUGAUGGCUAUAAUGUCACAGUACAUGCCAAUUGACAACCAGCACAAUAUCGAAACGGCAGGUGAAGCACAACCGUCACGACAAACAUCAGUGUAGGAAACAAAUUCUAAAGCAACUUAUGAGACAAAAAUACUUUCGAAUGUAUAAGAGUCUGGCGUUACACCAACCACAGAGAUUCUUUACGUCCUUUACUGUGCCUCUUCUGGGCAAACAUGAGUUAUACGUACACAAACUCAUUAUUCACAGGACUGUUUCUUUUUCCACUUUGUAGAUGCAGAGGUUGAGCUGUAAAAUUUAAGUUAAAAGAAUACCAUUAUCAGCACAAAUAAGGGGGGGCCUGGUGAAUGAUGCACCAUGUGUAUAAAUGUGGAUUGAAAGUUGCCAUUGGGAUGAUACUGUGGAUUGUGGAAUCGGUUAUCGUCACAAACUGGAUACAUUUAUUGAGACACUGAAAACCUGAGCUUUAUGUCUUCAA